UUCAUUUACCUGGCAGAAAGGACAUAAGACUAUUAGCUAAUGCUAACAGCAUUCAAAGUUGACGAUGCUGCAUGGCUGCAUCGCUGGUGUUCAGACUGCAUGACAGAGGUCCAGAGGUGGUGAGGGAGGUGCUUCUGGAGCGAGGAUGGGAGGAAUACGACCAAGAGAAACGCAAGGAAGAAGACUGGAACCUCUACUGGCGGGGCUCUGCCUUUCGCAACUCAGAAUAUCACAACCUGUUGCCAUGGCAGCGGCUCAACCACCACCCCAAAACUGUUGGCAUCACACGCAAGGACUGCUUGGCACGCAACCUGAGGAGAAUGAGAGCCACGUUUGGUUCAGCUCUCUACGACUUCAGUCCCACCGCCUUCAUCCUCCCCAACGACUACACCCGCUUCCUGUCUGAAUACAACAAGCUGCGUCUGACCCGAGGGCCGUCGGCCUUCUGGAUAUGCAAGCCCGUGGAUCUCUCCAGAGGCAGAGGGAUCUUCAUCUUUGAGGACAUUAAGGACUUGGUCUACGACUCCUGUGUGAUCGUACAGAGGUACGUCAGCAACCCUCUGCUGAUCUCCGGCUACAAGUUUGACCUGAGGAUCUAUGCGUGUGUGAAGAGCUUUCAUCCACUGACGGUUUACAUUCAUCAAGAAGGCCUGGUGCGUUUCGCCACCGAGAAGUACAACCUUUCAUCGCUGCAUAACCUGUACGCUCACCUCACCAACACCAGCAUCAACAAGUUUGGUCCCUUCUACAAAACCGAAAAGGAGAGAGUAGGCCAAGGAUGCAAGUGGACCAUGAGCAAGUUCAGGCAUUUUCUCCACAGCCUAGACAUCAAUGAGCUUCUUUUGUGGCAGAGGAUCAACAGCAUCGUCACUCUGACCCUGCUCACCAUCGCUCCCUCCGUCCCCUCCUGUCCAAACUGUGUGGAGCUGUUUGGCUUCGACAUCCUGAUCGACGUCAAGUUCAAACCUUGGCUUCUGGAGGUUAACUACAGCCCUGCGUUGACUCUGGACUGCCAAGCAGAUAUUACAGUGAAAAAAGGGCUAAUCGGCGAUCUGAUUGAUUUGAUGAACUAUACGUUGAUUGACAGCUUGAGAGAGAAGGCCUAUCAGAGACAAGGGUACACGCAGCGUUAUUUCCAUGCUAACUACCCCUCACAUGUUUCCAUACCGGUGUUGUCAAAGUUUAAAGAAUCCAAAUAUCAGAAGCAAAGGACUGGUCGCCAGGCACUACCUUUGAUAACAACGGUUGAAAAGAUGAACCAAAGGCAGUCCAGACAACAUGCUUUUGUAGCCGACUACCAAAGGCACCUUCCCCAUGUGGACUUAAACGAGACAUAUGCAUCCAGUGGCGGAAUAGUUGACACCACAGCCAACAAAACCUGCACCGACAGAAAAACCCUAAACCUGACACUCGGACCACACUCAAGGACAAAAGUGUCAGUGGUAAACAGACAGCCGUGUCCAGCUCUUGCACCGUGGCUGGCAGACAACAGGAGUCCUCACGUGUCUGAGGUUACAGACCAUGACAAGACUGAAAUAGAAGCUGAGACGGAGCCCGGAAGAGAUACAGACGUUUCCUCUUGGAUACGUGAUAUCCCGCACAGGGGGCUGGGAUUCCGACGGUCAAAGCUUCCGAACAUUUACAGUGGAAGUCAGCGACCAGUAAAGAUGGAGAGAACAGCUGCACUAAACGGACAACGUAUUCCUCCGCUCAGAGUUGGAGAAUUUAUACGGACAUUCCCAUUUAAUUCAGCCACUCUGAGGGCCUCGCAGCAUGAACUGGAUGUCAAGAUAGUCAUACAGGAGCUUCACAGGGUCACUGCUCAGUUAGCUACAUCAGGCAGGAAGUUGAGGAGAGAACAGGAGGAGGUGAAGAAAGAUGGUGAAGACGACUUUGAUUCAUUGCUGUGGGGGCCAAAGGAACCUCCAUUGCUCAGUCAAUUCUUCAAAACCACUUAGGGUUUGUUUGUUUCUGGGUUUGUUGCUGAGCCCUGAUUGUUUUUU